UGCAGUCGCCCUUCAAACAAAGAGGCCACGGAAGCUGAUCCAGGGACUUGGGCAGCUUUAACCCGUGACAGCUGCAGGAGGAUCACGCAGGGGACAAAGUGAAGGCCUCAUGCUGGACGUCAGGUAACACCAACAGCAGCUACUCCCCGUGCGUAGACAGAGAGAGGUUGGUGACUCCGACAUGAGAUAAGGAAGAGGGACGUGCUCCACGGCCACAUCUCACUCAGUUCAUGUCGGGUCGCACUGUGUGCAAGCCACAAAUUCCUCAGAACAUGGAGCUGUGAGAUGACCAUGUCCCUGCAGGGACUGGACGGAACCGAAGCUGCCACGGUGGCUGUUUCUCAGAAGGAAACCAACAUGCGCACAGUGAAUAAGGUGGUGAAGCCACCCAGGGGUUCUGGUAGCCGGCCUGUAGUCAGCCCAAAGUAUUGUCCUGGAGUCAACAACAGUCCAGGUUACCUGUGUGAGACGGGACACUGCUGCGGAGAGACAGGCUGCUGUACCUAUUAUUAUGAACUCUGGUGGUUCUGGCUAUUGUGGACGUUGCUGAUCCUCUUCAGCUGUUUCUGUGCUUUCCGCCACCGCCGGGCCAAGCUGAAGAUCCAGCAGCAGCAGAGACAGAGAGAGAUCAAUCUGAUCGCCUAUAAUGGAGCCUGCAACUACCCUUCCUCAAUGCUGGACCUCAGUUUUCUGGCUUCUUUCAAGUUGCCGUCUUACGAGGAGGUGGCGGCCCAGCCCUGCACCCCCCCUCCGCCUUACAGCUCUGUCUUCGCCCUGCAGGGUGGUAGCAUGGGGGGUCCUAGCUCCUCCUUCCCCUACCCCCCCUACCACCGCAACCCCUGCCCUCCCUACCUGGGCCCCGGCCCCAGCGGCAGGACGUCCUCCCAGAGCUCGGACAACUACACCAGCUGCUCCUGCGAGUCCUGCUCCCUCACCUCCCCCUCCAGCACCUCCUUCUCCUUCCAGGUGACAGACGAGAUGUACGACAGCAGCCACAUCUCCUCACCCAGCGACGCCUGGGGCGACUCUGCCAUCGUGCCGAGGGCAGGCGCCACCUUUCCGUCCACACCCUCUCCGCCACUUCCAUUGCAGCUUCAGCCUGAUUUUAUACCAGCGGCCGCUCCAGACGUCGAACCCGUGCAGAGAUGCUCCACUCAUGGCCGUGAAGGAAACUCGCGUCCGGCUCCAUCGUUUUCCCUCCCUCUACGCUCUCAUCCUUCACAGCCCUCUCGCCUCCCGCUUUCUCCCCUCACCCUGUUGUCUUCCCUCCCUCCUGGUCAGGUCCAUCCUCUCAUCUUCACAGACCCACUGGGAAUCAUGGCUGUCCAGAGGGAGAAAGAAGAAGAUGCUUCACCUCAUGGUCCGACCCCCAGGCCCACGCUGUCUCCCCCAAAACAGGUGCUCAUCUCCUCCCAUGUGUCCACGUUCACAGGUAGCAGCAGCAAAGGGGAGCAGAAGCUAGAAGAAGAGGAAGAGGAAGACGAGGAGGAGGAUCAUUUCCGGCACAGGCGACUGACGGGUGACUCGGGCAUCGAGGUGUGUCGCUGCCACGUGAAGAGGGAGGAGCAGGAGGAAGAGGAACUGCAGAAGGGGCAUGUGGGUAAAGGAGGGAAAGAGGACGUGCUUCACGACAGCCUGGACUGUUCCCACCGAGCGAAGGCCGGAGGGCGGCCGCCUCUCUCGGACGAAUGCGCCGGGCAGCGCGGCCGUGUCUCCUCCUCCUCCUCCUCCUCCUCCCGUGGCCUCCAGAAGACGGUGGAGGCCUCGUAGGCUGACGGCCAGUGAGUUUAAACAAGUGGAACAAAGUGAGAUGUUUAUGGUGAACGGCUUCAAUACAGAUCAAGACUAGCAGGUGAAAUGUUGAAUCACCUCAGAAAAGUCUUGCAGGUCUCUGUGGUUUACGAGCCAAGAGACAGGAAGAGGAAUAGAUCCACCUGCUUUCUCUGUGUUUUAUUUCAAACGAGAACCUGAAAGUCGUAGUUUGAAGUGGGCUGAUUUGGUUCGUGGUUUAGGAGAAAACAGAUAUUUUUUUCGAGAGUGAUGAAAUGCUAACGAGUUGUUCCUUCUCUUUCUCCUUUGUUUCCACACAUGCUGACCAAAUCAGUUUUCACAGGUAGCUUAGUGACAACAUCCCUUUACCCUUUACUUUUUAUCUCUCUGCUUGCUAAAAAAGCAUUUUAGCUGUUGUCAGUGAAAUAGUCAGUGGUUCCUAACCUGGGGGGUCGGGACCCCUCAAAAGAGUCAUAAGAGGAUUGACCCCAUAAGAAAAAUGAAGAGCGCGGUCGACCAUACAGAAUUAUGUGCUAAUUUUCCAAUGUUUUCCUGAUCGUAAACAAUCUGAGAAGCGAAAAAUCCAUAUUUGGGUUGAGCUGCUCACAGCUUAUCGACUUAUGCAAUGUUAGAUGGAUCUGAACAAAAUAUUCCUUUGAUUCACGGGGUCAUACAUGUUUGGAACCACUGUCUUCAGUGGUAGAAUAGCAGUAUACCAUGUUCUUUAUGCUAUUUGAUCAGAAUCUGUUACCGUAUUUGUAUAAAUAACAUUCUUAAAGUUCAUGAAGAUUGUGGAACAGGUUGUUUUGAACAGGGCAGAUGGAAAACAGGAGUUAUAUCUUUUAAUCUACUGGCUUCUGAUUUUUUUGAAAAAGUCAAUUAUUGAUCACUUAAAUAUUCCAGAUGUUCUAUUUCUUGUCGGGUGACUUUUUACUUUCACCAGCCUGUUCCCUCUGUUUACCAGAGGAAAUAAUGACCGAAGGCAUCUAUUGUGACUGAUUCAAGGUGUGUGUG